UGGUGGAUGUUGAAAAGUUAAAAGAAACGUCAAACUGGUUUAAAAAAAUUGUUAAAUAUUUUCUCUUGUAUUUUAGAGAGGGAUCGAGGUCAAGUGAUAAUAAAAUAACAAUUAUUAAAAAUGGUGCUUUCUCGUCUGGUAGGCAGUCGCCUAAAUGCGAGUGCCAACGCGCUGUUCAAGCUGCACAAAGACCAUUUAAUUCUGAAAGCCACAAUGGCCGAUUUUAGAAUUGAAAAGGACACUUUCGGCGAACUGAAAGUGCCUUCUGAUAGAUAUUAUGGGGCUCAAACAGUCCGUUCAACUAUCAACUUUGCCAUUGGUGGUGAAUACGAACGAAUGCCGUACCCGGUUAUAACAGCCAUGGGGAUAUUAAAGAAAGCCGCUGCUGAGGUUAAUAAAGACUAUGGUCUUGAUCCUAAAAUUUCAGAGGCUAUAUCGAAGGCUUGUGACGAAGUGAUCUCUGGCAAACUGUACUGUGAUCAUUUUCCAUUGGUUAUUUGGCAAACUGGGUCAGGAACUCAGACGAACAUGAAUUCAAAUGAGGUGAUCAGUAAUAGGGCCAUCGAGAUUCUCGGCGGGAAAUUGGGCUCAAAGACGCCAGUUCACCCCAACGAUCACGUGAACAAAAGCCAGAGCAGCAACGAUACAUUCCCCACUGCCAUGCACAUUGCCGUUGCCAUGGAGAUUGAACACACCCUAAUGCCAGGACUGACUAUGUUGGCGGAAUCUCUUGAUAAGAAAGCUAAGGAAUUUUGCGAUAUCAUCAAAAUUGGCAGGACUCACACUCAGGACGCUGUGCCCCUCACAUUGGGCCAGGAAUUCAGCGCAUACGUCACUCAAGUUCGCUUUGGCAUCGAAAGGGUUAAAACUACCCUUCCUCGUUUAUACAUGCUGGCCUUGGGCGGUACGGCUGUGGGUACCGGUUUGAACACAAGGAAGGGGUUCGCCGAAAAAUGCGCCGCCAAAAUAUCCCAACUUACAGGGUUGCCAUUCGUGACAGCUCCAAACAAGUUCGAAGCUUUGGCGGCCCACGACUCGCUGGUUGAAGUCUCUGGAGCCCUAAACGUUAUAGCUGCGUCAUUGAUGAAGAUCGCCAACGAUAUCAGAUUCCUAGCUUCCGGUCCGCGUUGCGGCUUGGGCGAACUCGCCCUCCCCGAAAACGAACCGGGAAGCUCCAUCAUGCCGGGCAAAGUGAACCCCACCCAGUGCGAGGCCGUUACCAUGGUAGCCGCCCAGGUAAUGGGCAACCACGUGGCCACGACCAUAGGCGGCUCCAACGGCCACUUCGAGCUCAACGUUUUCAAGCCCAUGAUGGUGGCCAACGUGCUCAGAUCCAUCAGACUCAUCGGCGAUAGUUCCAAGAGCUUCAGCGUUAAUUGUGUGGAUGGCAUCGUGGCCAACAGAGAUAGAAUCGAGAAGCUUUUGCACGAGAGUCUCAUGCUGGUGACAGCUCUGAAUCCGCAUAUCGGUUACGAUAAGGCUGCUCAGAUUGCCAAGACGGCUCACAAGGAGAAAUCCACCUUGAAAGAGACGGCUAUUAAGUUGGGAAUUUUGACUGAGGAACAGUUCAAGGAGUGGGUGAAGCCCGAAGAGAUGUUGGGGCCGAAGUGAAUUAUUUUUUAAAUGGUUAAUUUAAUUUUUUAAAGUGUAUUAUAUUAUUAUUGUUAUGUUGUUAACGAAUUAAUAAAAAGACGAAUUUUUAUUUUUA